AUGGCCGGUCUUCGUGGAGCUUUCAUGACACAAAUGACAAAGAUGAAUCAAAUUGGUGAUCAGCCAUCGAUAUUCGAUGUGAUGUCACAAGAAUCACUCAUGAAAUCGCUCAAACCUGCAUUAAGGCACUUAACAAAGUAUCUGGCUUUUGCAUAUCCGGAGAAGUUCUCAAGUUUGAGUCAAAAAUAUGACGAAUUCUAUUUCCUUUUCGAUUUCUUCUUGCAAAACCAUUUCUUAACAAAAUAUGGUGCCUCAUUUUCUGAAAACUUUUACGGAAUGAAACGUAUUUUCCAAGCAACUGGAGAAAUGCCAAUGAAAGGAUGGACAAAACUAAGAUCGAUUUUCAUUUUGGUAAUUUGGCCAUAUCUUCGAGACAAAUUGGAUAAACUGCACGAUGAUCUAAAGCUGAGACUUUCGUAUAUUGGAAACGCGAACCAAGAUUUCAAAGUCAAACUGGCUAAAGUGUUUGUGAAGUAUUAUCCAUGGUUCAAGUCGAUAAUUGGAGCGCUCACUGUCUUCCUUCAGAUCGCUUACAUCAUCAAUCGAAGUUACAUCCAUUCACCGUUUCUUUGGGCGUCGGGGGUUCGUCUCGAGAAGUUGACUGGAGCCGAUUUGGCUUCCUUUGAUGGGCUACCAGCUCAUCUUCAACCAACCGGUAUCCUCCAACGUUUAUGGCGUAUUUUCUUGGCCAUUCCCGGAGUGAUGUAUCGUCUUUUUGGUUAUGGACUCUUCUUUGUUCAAUUUGUCGAUUUCAUGUACAAUUCGGAUCUUGGAGCACAACUAAAAGGACAAAAAGCAUCAUGGAAAACACCUCCACCACCACAUAAUCUUUUGUUGAACGAAUCAAACAUUCACACAUUGGAGACGAAUAAAUGCCCGAUUUGUUUGAAAAAUCGUGAGAACAGCACCGCUUUAUCGGUUUCAGGCUAUGUAUUCUGCUAUACUUGUAUCGAUUCUCAUUUGAAGAAAUUUGGCAAGUGUCCAUUGACUGGCCUACCAGCAAACACAUCACAAUUGAUUCGUUUAUACCAU